AUGUCUGCCAUUACAACCAAAUUCGUCACAGACCACAAACUCACCAAUGAGACAAGUCUUGAAAAGCUUAGCCAAUAUGUGUCGAAAAUACUUGAGCUCUUAACAACUGGCACACCACUAGUAGAUAAAGAGAAAAGAUACCAGGCCUGUAAUCGACUUCAAAAAGGAUAUGAAUUUAGCAAAGAACAAGCAUUUGCAUUGAUUCCUCACGAGAGAAUUAGGAGAAGUAAAAGCCAACAUAUUAUAAAAGAUAAACUUAGUAAAAAAGAUGUAAAGACAAUAUCUAGAACCUUAGUCAAAACAUCUUCUAAUGCCAUUAUUGCCUUAUCCCACCUCUCUAGGCUUCGAAGAGAAUUACAAUUCCUCAAUGUUUUAGAAAAAAUAAUUUUUGCUACAUUAAAUCCAGAGAUAACUAGGUUAUCCAAUAAAGUUCAAAAGGAACAUAGUAAGCAAUAUGAAAAUAAAAGAAUUGAUUUUCCAGACCACUUUUUGUUAGAAUCGGUCAAGGAAAGAUUGGAUAAGUAUGAUGUAUCAAAUAUAUCUGACAAACAGGCCCUAACUGAUGUAAUGAUAAUGUUCUGCAUUCAUUUGGCUGAAAUUAAAAACUUGCGUAUAUCUAAUGAGACUAUCACUAGAAAAGAAAAGGAGCAGGCUAAGCAACUUCUUACUUGGAUUCAAAAUAAUAUUUGUUCUGGACAGUUAAAGGACUCAGGAAAACUUGGAUCUACGUACUUAAGUAUAUUUCUAAAAAAAAAUGAAUUUAUUCCUGAAAGUAGUGAACUACUACUUCCUAGCUCUUUACGAAAAUUAGGAGCAGUGUUCACUUCUGUAACACAUGGGCCUAAAAAUGCAUCAAAAGCUAACACUUAUGCCAGUAAAGCCCUUCAACAUUCACUCGAUAAUCAUGCUUCUCCAUCUAAGAGAUACACUAUAAUUAAUAUGUGA